GCGCGGCGGCCCGGCGGCCGAGCGACCCCGGGAGCGGCCGCGUCCCUGCCCGCCCCGCCCGCCGCGCCUCCUCCCCGGCGGGUGCGCGGCGGGCUGACCUCUGCGGAGGCGGCGGGGGCCCAGCAUCGGGCCGGGGCCGGGGGGGCGCCGGGGCCGGGGGGCGGCGCUCCGGCCCGGCCCGGCCCCGCCCGAUGUCCAUGAGCGCGAACACCAUGAUCUUCAUGAUUCUGGGGGCGUCGAUCGUGAUGGCCAUCGCGUGCUUGAUGGACAUGAACGCACUGCUGGACCGAUUCCACAACUACAUCCUCCCGCACCUGCGGGGCGAGGACCGGGUCUGCCACUGCAACUGUGGCCGGCACCACAUCCACUACGUGAUCCCUUACGACGGGGACCAGUCGGUGGUGGACGCCUCCGAGAACUACUUCGUGACCGACAACGUCACCAAGCAGGAGAUCGACCUCAUGCUGGGGCUGCUGCUCGGCUUCUGCAUCAGCUGGUUCCUGGUGUGGAUGGACGGCGUCCUGCACUGCGCCGUGCGCGCCUGGAGGGCCGGCCGGCGCUACGACGGCUCGUGGACCUGGCUGCCCAAGCUGUGCAGCCUGCGGGAGCUGGGCCGGCGGCCGCACAGACCCUUCGAGGAGGCGGCCGGCAACAUGGUGCACGUGAAGCAGAAACUCUACCACAACGGCCACCCGAGCCCGCGGCACCUCUGAGCCGCACGCAGGACUCGCGGGGCUUCGGCCAACGCGCCCACGCACAAGGGACUGGACGGCCGCCCGGGGCCAGGGCGCCCGCGGCCGCCGGGCGUGUCCAGCGGAAGGUGCUGUCUCCUCUUCUUUUUAUAAAGGGGGUCGGGGCGGGGCAGGCCGCCGGCCGGGAUGGGGGGGGGGGGAGAGACCCCGGCCUCCGGGGCCAGACAGGGCGCGGGGACGGGGGCGGGCGGGAGGCGCGGGCACCCGUGCGGGCGGCCGGGACCACCUGCUCGCCCCGCGCACUGCGGUCUCCCCCGCACCCGCGCGGGGACCAUGUCUGUUACUUAAGCCCGGCCGCUUCUGGUGCGGGGGAAGCAAGGCCGGGAAAGGGGCUCCGCAGGGAAUGGGGCCGGCUCCCGGCCGCGCCCACGUCUGCACACGGGAGCACGUGCAUGGGGCGUGUGCGUCCGCGGGCCGCAAUGGGGGUGGGGGGCGGGGGGCGGGGGUCCGGUGGAGGCCCUGGCCUAUAGCAGCAAUAAGGCCCCUGAGCCCCACUGCGGCAAGUGCGGCCACCCUGCCCAGGGCAUUCCCGGUCGGGCGCCUCACUGUGACCCCCACCCCUGCUGGUCAGUAAAUUCUCCAGAAAGCUCCA